AAAACAAAUGAGGUCCUGAAUGGAGACCAUGAUAAGGAACAGAAGGAUCCUUAUUUUGUGGAGACCCCCUAUGGGUAUCAGCUGGAUUUAGAUUUUCUCAAAUAUGUGGAUGAUAUACAAAAAGGAAACACCAUCAAGAAACUGAACAUCCAGAAAAGGCGGAAACCAUCUGUGCCAUGCCGGGAAUCAAGGACCACAGCUGCCCACCAAGGGCCGUGGACUUCCACUGAGUCCCUCUCCUCCUCCAACAGCGAUGAGAGCAAGCAGUCCCCCAACUUUCUCCUAGCCAGAAGCCAAGUUCCUUCAGCGUCAGUCUCAAGACCCCCAGCCCCUCUAGAGACUUCACCCACUUUUCUUGCCAUUCCAGAAAAUCGGCAGUUACCUCCACCCUCACCCCAACUCCCAAAACACAAUCUUCAUGUCACCAAGACGCUAAUGGAGACACGGAGAAGGCUAGAACAGGAACGUGUCACCAUGCAGGUGGCCCCAGGUGAGUUCCGAAGGCCUAGACUGGCUAGUUUUGGGGGCCUGGGCUCAACGAGCUCACUCUCCUCCUUUAUGAGCUCUGGAAACCACAAUCCUGCCAUGCAUCAGCUUCAGAACGGCUAUCAGGGCAAUGGGGACUUUGGAGGCUAUGCCCCAACUGCCGCCACCGCUUCUUCCAUGGGAAGCUCUGUACGUCACAGCCCCCUGAGCUCGGGCAUCUCCACUCCAGUGACCAAUGUGAGCCCCAUGCAUCUGCAGCACAUCCGGGAGCAGAUGGCCGUGGCUUUGAAACGCCUCAAGGAGCUGGAAGAGCAAGUGCGAACAAUCCCUGUGCUCCAGGUCAAGAUCUCUGUCUUACAAGAGGAGAAGAGGCAACUGGCUUCCCAGCUUAAGAGCCAGAGAGCCGCAGCCCAGAACGAUGCAUGUGGCAUGCGAAAACGGUCCUUCAGUGCGGGAAACGCCUCCCAGCUGGAUCAGCUCUCCAGGGUCCGGAGGCGUGGUGGGGAAUUAUACAUUGACUAUGAGGAAGAAGAGAUGGAAAGCGUAGAGCAGAGCACACAGAGGAUAAAAGAGUUCCGGCAGCUCACUGCAGACAUGCAGGCCCUGGAGCAGAAGAUUCAGGACAGCAGCUAUGAGGCCGCCCCAGAGCUCAGGGAGAAUGGAGAUUGCCAGACUCCCCAGUGCAGGUCUGUGGCUGUGGGGGUUGAUGAAGCCAUGGAUGACAUAAUCGUGUACCACAGGAACUCUAGGUCUCGUAAGGAUGCUGCUGUAGGGACAGCCAUUGAAUCAAAGGAUCUGGGCAUUAGCGUGACUGAGGCCAUGCUUGGAGUAACGACAGAAGCAGAUAAGGAAAUUGAAUUGCAGCAGCAGACCAUCGAAGCCCUAAAGGAGAAGAUCUACCGCCUAGAAGUGCAGCUUAAAGAAACCACACAUGACAGGGAAAUGACAAAACUCAAACAUGAGCUGCAGGCUGCCGGGUCCAGGACAAAAGUAGAUAAAGCCACCAUGGCUCAGCCUCUUGUGUUUAGCAAAAUGGUGGAGGCUGUGGUGCUGACUAGAGACCAGAUGUCCGGCGAUCACGUGGACAGAGUUGACGUGGGUGUGAGCACCUCUAUACAGACCUGCAGCGUGGGCCUCCUCUGUCAGCCCAAUUAUAAGCACAAAGCUGUGGGACCCGAGCUACCCAUGAACUUGUGGGUUGUUAAGGAAAGGGUGGAAACGAGUGACCGAGCUGCUGGGAGGGCUUUGGAGACCUCUGAGAAGAGUGUGGGCGUGGAAAUCAGCAUCUGUGAAACAGGCAGCAACACAGAAGAGUCUGUCAGUGGCUUGGCACUGUGUAAGAACAAUCUGGAUCUCAAAGAUGUGCGGUCCAUAGGCUGCGGCGACUGCUCCGUGCAGGUGACUGUCCGCCCUCUCCAGACGUACACUUCACGGGGUGUGAGCACCGAGGCAGUUAACCAAGUGGAAGCUGCUGUCAUGGCCGUGCCUCAUACCACAAGCCAGCACACCAGUACGGCUUUGGCACAAGUGAACCAGUUCACCAACACUGAGACGGCCACACUUACAGAAUCUUGCACCAGCACCAUCGUGAGCACUCUGGAUAAACAGACCAACACCCAGGUUGUGGAGAUGCGGACAGUGGCCGUGGGUGAAGGCCGAGUCAGGGAUGUCAGCCCCUCUGUGAAAACACGGUCUGUGGGAGUGGGGACCAUGCUCUCUGGCAGUGCUGGUUUUGACAGGCCAUCGGCUGUGAAGACCAAAGAGUCAGGUGUGGGGCAGAUAAACAUUAGUGACAACUAUUUAGUGGGGCUCAAGAUGAGGACCAUCGCUUGUGGACCUCCCCCAUUGACUGUGGGGCCCACUGCCAGCAAGAGGAGUGUGGGUGUGGGGGAUCAGCUUGUCGGAGAGUGGCUCGACAACCCCCAGCCUGCAACCCCUCCCGGAAUGGUGACAGGUUUGGAUCACUACAUUGAGCUUGUCCAGAAACUCCUAGCAGAACAGCAGACGCUGCUGGCCGAGAAUUAUAGCGAACUGGCCGAAGCCUUUGGGGAACCCCACUCACAGAUUGGCUCCCUCAAUUCACAACUCAUCAGCACCCUCUCCUCCAUCAAUUCCGUCAUGAAAUCGGCAAGCACCGAGGAACUGAGGAAUGCUGACCUCCCGAAAAUGACUAUAGUAUGUCCAAACAGCGAAAGUACACUGAAGUCCAUCAUGAAGAAGAAAGAUGUCAUGAAAGAUUCUAAUGGAGCGAAAAAGAAUCUUCAGUUUGUUGGCAUCAAUGGAGGGUAUGAAACAACUUCAAGUGAUGAUUCCGGCUCAGAUGAGAGCUCUUCUUCCGAGUCAGAUGACGAGUGUGAUGUCCUUGAGUCUCCUCCUGCAGAAGAGGAGGACGAAGACAUUCGGGGAGUGGCAGAAGGGCGCCAUGGUGUUUCUAUGGAAGGUUUCCAGUCCUCCAGGGUGGAAGAUGAAGUGCAGGUUCACAAAAGUGACCCUGAGAAGGUGGAAAUCAGAGAGAGAUAUGAAUUAAGUGAAAAGAUGCUGUCUGCCUGCAACUUGCUGAAAAAUAAUAUAAAUGACCCCAAAGCUUUGACCAGCAAAGAUAUGCGGUUUUGUCUGAACACCCUCCAGCACGAGUGGUUUCGCGUGUCUAGUCAGAAAUCAGCGGUGCCAGCUAUGGUGGGGGACUAUAUUGCUGCAUUCAAGGCCAUCUCCCCCGAGGUCCUCCGUCACAUCAUCAACAUGGCCGAUGGCAAUGGCAACACAGCCCUCCACUACAGCGUGUCUCACUCCAACUUUGAGAUCGUGAAGCUGCUUCUGGACGCAGAUGUGUGUAACGUGGAUCACCAAAACAAAGCAGGCUAUACGCCCAUCAUGCUAGCCGCUCUGGCUGCUGUGGAAGCAGAGAAGGACAUGCGGGUUGUAGAGGAGCUCUUCGGCUGUGGAGACGUGAAUGCCAAAGCCAGCCAGGCAGGACAAACAGCGCUCAUGCUAGCUGUCAGUCACGGGCGCAUAGACAUGGUGAAGGGCCUGUUGGCCUGCGGCGCUGACGUCAACACCCAAGACGACGAGGGCUCCACUGCCCUGAUGUGUGCUAGUGAGCACGGCCAUGUGGAGAUUGUCAAGCUGCUGCUGGCACAGCCAGGCUGUAAUGGCCACCUAGAGGACAAUGAUGGCAGCACAGCACUCUCCAUCGCCUUGGAGGCUGGACACAAGGACAUCGCAGUGCUCCUGUAUGCCCACGUCAACUUCGCAAAGGCCCCAUCUCCGAGCACCCCAAGGCUUGGCCGGAAGACUUCUCCUGGGCCCACUCACCGAGGUUCAUUUGAUUGAUCUGUGCAAAUGGCCACCCGCUGACACACCAUCAUGAAGCUGCUAAUUGUUCCUGUGGGGUGACAGCUACUGAAUGUAUAUGUUUGUGCCUGAGUUCAUCAGCACACAGCAAGCAGGAAGCUGAGGACUGCAGACUGGAGUUUUCCCAGUGGAAACUGAGCCAGCAAGAGAUGGGGAGCCAAGCAGCGCCAUUUCCUUUGGGACUCCCUUACCUCUUGAGUGGAGCACACUUGACACCAGUCUGUUGCAGCUCUGACCCUAACAUUAGGUACCACUAGAGGGAUUGGAGCCAUAACCUGAGUUGGGCUAGUGUGCAGUCUCCAGGAUUUCUUCCUCCAGCCACUCUACCCUGCCCAGAGCUAUCUUACUGGCCUGGUAGUUGGAGGCAUCUUGACAUAUAUCUCUACUGACUGUGUGUGGAACCAUUGGAAAACUCUGAAAAUUCCAUUUCAGACUGGAUUAGUUGCCUUUUUUUUUUCUUUUG